AUGGGCGGACUCGGCCGUCGAGCACUUGGAAGGCUGGGAUUCGAAGGCUCGCGAGACCCAAUCACGGGAGAACGAUUGCCCACAAUUACACGAUCUCAUGAAGCCUUCGGUUCGUCGAGCCAAGACUUGUGUGUGCUUGUACUGACACAAGAGGUGUUACCCGUAGUCAUCAUGAAUCUUGGAUUGACGUUCACGAUCAUUGUUUACUCUUCAGUCCUUUCUGAGUGUCUCAUACAAACCCUCGCACAAUCUCAACACCGCCCAAAUAUGGCCGAGCCAACAGAUUUGGGCCUGAAUUCCCCGGAUCCGAAGGACGGACACAAUCACCCCGCACGCCCACAGUUCUGCUCAGCAUGCAGCCAGAUCAACUUCAAAGCUCUUUUCACCAGUCACGAACGUCCUCAUUACACAUGGGGAUGGGAUAAAGAGACAUGCAAUUGCCUCGAGAUAUUUGAGGCCCGUGCAAGGCAUGGCUGGCCCGGCCCCAAGUCGGCAAAUACAUUCGAACCACCGUGUUGCUUCUGCACAUUCUACAACGAGUGCCAACUUCAAGCCAAAGACAUCGCCUCAAGAAUCGAGCAUAUGUCUUACCCGUAUUUGGACGGACCUUUCUUGAAGGGGUUUCAUUCCUUGACUGGCUUCCCGAUCAAGCAUCGAGGGUGUGAAGACAAUGAAUGCAGGCAACAUUCUGUGCAAGACGUUUGUGCACUGCAAUUUGUGGUUCAAGACAAUCGUCCUUGGUGGGGCACCAGAUGUUUUCAUGAAGCAGACAAUGCAAUUCUGCGGGUGGUUGAUGGUCCAAAGCUUCCAGGGCUGACCAGAGACAGAGCGGCUGGGGGCGGGAUACUUGCGAGAAGGAUCAUUCCCCAUCAAGUCAACUACAUCGUCAUUGGGGAGUGGUUAAGCCUUUGUCACUCGAGGCAUGUUCAUUGUGAUGGUGGCGAUGCAGAUGUUGUCACGAUCCCGGAAUUUCAGGUCAUUGAUUGCACCACAAGCAAAAUCGUUUCCGCUGUUGACCUCCUGGCCAGUGGUGGAGUGCCAGGCCGGAUUGAAUAUGUCACGCUCAGUUAUGUUUGGGGUCAGGCUGGCGAGGCUGGAUUCCGUGGGCCGGUCCUACGGGAAGAUGCUCUCACUUUACCAGACGACUUACCCCUGGUCAUCAGCGAUGCAAUUGAGGUAGUCAAGAGGCUUGGAUACAGAUACCUGUGGAUCGACCGGUACUGUAUUCCCCAAAACGAUUCACCAGUCAAACACAUCCAAAUCGGGAAGAUGGACAGGAUAUACUCCUGCUCUGUCUUGACCAUAAUCGCGGCAGCCGGAGAUGGCCCAGAAUACGGACUUCCGGGCGUUAGCUCACGCCAUCGUACAGAACAAGUCAGUGUGCAAGUGACCGAAGAAAUAUCCCUGCUAUUCUACAAAAAGCCCAGAAACUCGGUUGCUGCAUCAAAGUGGAAUACGCGUGGUUGGACCUACCAAGAGGGGCUAUUGUCGAAGCGCCAACUUGUCUUCACAGACAAAAUGACCUACUUCCAAUGCUACGAGAUGUACGGCGAUGAAGUUUUAUCAUUACCAUUAUCUGGCAGGUUCAGUUCUUCUAGCGACUAUGAUCAGGAUGAUCAAUUUGAUGAUGUUGGUCAUAUCUCAUUCUUCGAGGACGCCCAAACCGAUUCUGGCUGGAUUUUUCCACCGCGAAUUACAUGGUCAGAACCCAGGACAGCCUGGACGAGAAUCGAGCAGUUUGCGCAGAGGCAGCUUGCCUUUGACGAAGACACUUUGGAUGCCAUUGCGGGCAUUUUUGAAAAAUAUUUGAGCUCCAACACCUCCGAACCAGGCAAGGACAGGAUUUCUUUCUUGUGCGGCCUACCUGUUAUUCCUUUUGCGCGAGGAGAUCAGCCAACAAUCAGUUCAAUGCAAGAACUAUGGGUGGCACCAUCCUUGCCCUGGGACAUCCCGGAUGGCGCAGAGUCCGCAGCCUACGAUAAUCAUGCUAGUCUUACGUAUGGAUUGGUGAAUAGUCUCCUGUGGUUUGAUAUUUGGGAGCCGUCAAAGUUCGAAUCAAUUGACAUGCCAACAGGUCGAGGAAGUCAUCUGCGAAGGUCGGGAUUUCCAAGUUGGACAUGGGCUGGUUGGAAGCGCUGCAAGAUAGUGGUAGAAUUCGAAACAUAUCAUCUCCGUGACAGAGUCUUCGACAGCUGCACCACGGUGCACGUCGAAUAUGAAGACGAGGGAGGUCUUGUGCGGAGGCUCGACUGGGUGAAAGACAACGAAAGGAUCCACAACCUAUCGCAUCAGGAGAGCAGGUUCCCGAUGUACUUGUUGAUCAAAGGAACAGCCAUGGAUAUGAAGCUGGCGUGGCACAACGUAUCUGGGGCCGGCCACUCGAAACCGGGAGCAGGAUACUGGAUAGUGACAUCGCCCUCAUUCUUGGAAGGGGAGAAAUUUCUUACUCCCCGAUGUUUAUUCGAGGACAUCGAACUGAAAACCGGAGAUAAUAGGACCUCCAGUUGCCUUACGGGCAAAGAAGAAGUCAAUGUUCUUGGUAUGACAAUGGGAGCACCAUGUCGGGGGAAACAGUACACCAUGACGGUCAUGAUUCUAAGGCCAGUGACAAGGUUUUUGAAUGGGCAACCGGAAACGAUGUAUGAACGAGCACACCUACUCACCUUUUCUUCUCGUCACUUCGAUUUCAAGUACUAUUACCCGCAGUAUCGAUCACCGACAAGGGGCACCUUCAGGAUGACCACUGUGCGAUUAUGCUAAUGAAAAGGGUCCACACAAGUAAAUUCCACAGGGAAAUGAAUUACAUGUGGGUAUUUCGGG